GGAAAUGACAGGCAGUGGUCUUACUUGGUUUAGUUAUACAUCUUUGGCACACCAAGGCAGUUUUGGCCCUCAACGAUCUCCGUAGCACGCAGGACAACCCACUUGCUUGCCAACGUGAUUUAGCGCGUGUGGAAGAAAGCCUUCUCAUCAAUCUGAAUUUCUGCAGGUAGCAAGUCAAUAUAUCACAACUCAUCAUGGCAGAAAUUCAAGAAAUGUCUGAACUUGAGAAGAAGGUGGCUCAACAGCUUGAGUACUACUUUGGUGAUCACAACCUUCCAAGAGACAAGUUCCUCAAAGAACAGUUGCAGCUCGAUGAUGGCUGGGUGACUCUGGAAACCAUGCUCAAGUUUAACAGGCUGAAAUGCUUGACAACCGAUCACAGUGUAAUUGUUGAGUCUCUGAAGAAAUCCCAGACUGGCCUUUUGGAAUUGAGUGAGGAUACGACAAAAAUCAGGAGAAUUUCAAGCAAGCCCUUACCAGAACUGAACGACAAGUACAAAGAUACCCUCAAACACAAAUCUGUGUACAUUAAAGGUUUCCCAUUGGAGACAACCCUUGAUGAAAUCGAGGGGUGGCUGAAAGGGAAAGGUGUCAUAGAAAACAUUCAGAUGAGACGCAACUUCCAAAAGAAUUUCAAGGGCUCAGUAUUCCUGGUUUUUGACACUGAAGAAGCAUCAAAGCAGUUCCUAGCACGCACAGACACCAAAUCAUUCAAAGAAAAUGAAAUGAUUAUACUUUCAAGAGAGGACUACCAUGCAAAGAAAUCAGAGGAUAGAAAACUGUUAAAAGCAGAGUCCAAGGCUAAGGCUAAACAUGACAAGGACGAAAAACAAAAACAAGCAGAGGAAGAGGAAAUGAAAUCUCUGGACGAGCAGACCGGAUGCCUGUUGAAGUUCUCAGGCAAUCUUGACAGUGUUUCAAGAGAGGACUUUCACGAGGUGUUCUCAGGUCAUGGUCAAAUCAAAUGGAUUGAUUUCACCAGGGGUGCCAAAGAGGGUACCAUCCUCUUCAGAGUGAGUGCCAAGGAAGCUCUUGAUAAGGCCAAGGAAGCAAGUGGAGGAAACUUGAAAAUUAAAGGCGAAGACGUUACGUGGGAGGUGGUGGAGGGAGAUGCAGAGAGGGAAGCUCUGAAAAAGAUAAUUGAAGACCAACAGGAAUCUCUCAACAGACGUCGAGGUGGUAGAGGUGGCCGAAAAUCAGGUGGUAGAGGGGGGAGAGGAGGACGAAGGGACAGGGGUGGACGUGAUGGCAAAUCACACUACCAAGGCAGAAAGACCAAAUUUGAUGAUAGUGAUGAUGACGCACCUCCUAGCCCGAAGAAGCGAGCCCUGGAAGGAGUGUGCAAAGAUGCUGAUGCUCCAGCUGCAAAAGUUGUCAAAACUGAAAAUGGUUCUUAAAUAUGUACUAGCACGUCUCGUUGAAGCAUUUUAUUUGAAAAUAUACCCAUUGAAAAGAACUUUAUUCCAUUCCAGUGGAGGCUUCAUGUUGUGGAAAACCGUAGAAAGUCCACCUUGAUGUCAACCUAGAAAACAAUUUAGAAUAUAAGACUGGAAAGUGUUCAGCCAUAUCAGUAAUGUGGUGUGCAUCUUACAUUGUCAAUACCUAUCAAUUUCUACCCUGAACAUACUUUAUGGGACUUAUUUAAUAUGGAUUUCAUUAGUUGUGUUGACUGCAUCUAAACAAAUCAUUUCAUUUCAGCAGGAGCAUAUUACGCCUGUUUUAGUCACCUCCAUACAAAGAUGUGCAUGUUAAUAGAAAAUUGUUAAUCAGUGCCAUUCUUCUCUCAAUUGUUUUAAUCAAGUGUAUACGGUUGAGUCCUAAAGCAUAGAUCUUGUUCCUUUUACUUUUGUGAAUAGCCAUUAAAGUUUUGAUUGUAAGUCA